UAAUGAAGAUCCUAAACGUCUUCCUCCCCACAAGGAUUUGGAGAUAGUGGCGGAAAGAAACAAGUGUCUAAAAAGAUAUUACUCAAAUCCAGAAGAGAGGAGAAUGGUUAAUGUUGAAUAUGCUAGAUUUUCUGGUGUUAUGGAUGCUUUUCAAGAUCAUGAUUCUAUAAGUGAUAGGGCGAAGAUGGAUGCUAAAUCUUGGUGGUUAGUUCAUGGAGUCCAUGCACCAAUGCUACAAGAUUUGGCAUUAAAGUUACUUGGCCAACCUUGCUCCUCAUCAUGUUGUGAAAGAAACUGGAGCACUUAUUUCUUUAUCCAUUCCAUGACUAGGAAUAAAAUUACACCACAACGUGCCCAAGACCUAGUAUUUGUUCAUAGUAAUCUUCGUCUUUUGACAAGGAGAACUCCUCAAUACCACCAAGGAGAGAGUAAAAUGUGGGAUGUUGGUGGUGAUGCUUUUGGUUAUGCUGAUGAUGUUGGAAUGCUUGGUGUUGCUAGUUUGUCUCUCGAUGAGCCAGAAAUGGAGGUGAUGAUAGUUGAUGAAGAAGAAUCACAUGAAAAUGAAGAGCAUGAAGUAGAGGAAUACCCUUGAUAUUUAUUCCUGUGUUCACUGAUGCGACGAUGAUGAAGAUGAACUAAUGAACUGAUGAAGCAAAACGCUGCAAAAUUUGUCAAUCUUC